AUGGUCAACUUGGAUCGUAGACUGACCUUUCUCUCGCUGCAUCAGUUUGGCAUCCGCAAGCUCGAAGCGUUCUUCGUCGCACUCAUUGCCGUCAUGCUCGCGUGCUUUUGCAUGAACCUCGCCCAAGGCGGCGUGGAUCCGAUCCCGGUUCUCGACGGCUUUCUGCCGCGGCCGCCGUCGCGCUAUGCCACGACGCAAGCAGUUGGUAUCCUCGGCGCGGUCAUCAUGCCCCACAACUUUUAUCUGCACUCGGGUCUCGUCCAGUCCCGCGCUGUGGAUCGAACCAACGCCCGCAAGGUCCGCGAAGCCAACAAAUAUUUUACGAUCGAGUCGGCGGUCGCCCUUUUCGUGUCGUUUCUGAUCAACCUCGCGGUCAUGUGCGUGUUUGCCAAAGGCUUCUUCUCGCCCGACUGCCUCCAGUCGUUCGAGACACAUGGCGUCAACACGGCGUGCGUUCCGCUCAACACGUCGACGACCGAAUCGUAUGGGUCGUGCCAGCUCAUGGAAGGCUCGCGGGGCGUGUGCCAAGAAAUUGGGCUCUCGGGUGCUGGCCUCGCCCUCCGCGGUGUUCUCGACGAGUACUCGGAGACGAUCUGGGCGAUUGGCCUCCUCGCUGCCGGCCAGAGCUCGACCAUGGCCGGCACGUACGCGGGUCAGUUUGUCAUGGAAGGUUUUCUCCGGAUCCAGUUGGCGCCGUGGAAGCGUGUGGCGCUGACGCGUGCGGUGGCGCUCGUGCCGGCCCUCGCUGUUGCGAUCUGGUCCGACACGCAACCGGGGGCCAGUGAUACGAUUGGCGAGAUGCUCAACGUGCUGCAGUCGAUCCAGCUGCCGUUUGCGCUGCUGCCCAUCUUGCAUUUCACGAGCCACGCGGGUUUGAUGGGCGCCUUCGUCAACUCGACAACGACCAAAGCCGCGGGCUGGGCCGUCGCGCUCCUCGUCUGUCUCGUCAACCUCUACCUCGUCGUGCAAAAGGUUGAUGUGAGCGAGAUGGGCCCAGUGUCCCUUCUCGCGUUCUUCUCGGCGGGUACGGGCUACGUGGCUUUUCUUGCGUACCUCGUGCACACAGAGCUCCAGCAGUAUGCGUGGUACCCCUGGACGCGCAAGAACUAGAGCUGUCGAUAGACUAGUGUCGAACCAGACAAAUCGCACUUAUGCACAUUUGCUGCGAGGCGCC